CUCUGGUUCGGUUUCUUGAAUUAAAUUUGAAAUUUUGCGAGUAUUCUUUACCAUGCGGAAUUUUGCCUGAUACUCAUCAGUUGCCAUUUCGUUCCAUAAAUCGGGAAUGGGCCGUUGAAGAAACACCCUACUUCCCCGGAUUUUUGCCUAAGAUUUUUUGAAGCAAGGAGACCGACGCAAAGAGCAGCACGGGAAAGGAAACGAAAAGUACGCGACAAUGGUGAAAACGUUUACGCACACUUUCCCGAAUUGGGAAGAUCUUCCGGAUGACGACUUUGAGAACACGAAGCUCAACUCAGAAAUCGAGCAAUGGUGUUGGCAAGAUAGGUACAAGUAAGUAUUUCAACACUGUUGGUUUGGAUCGUGAGUGCUGGGUACCGACCCAGACCCAUAUUAUCGAUCAUGUACACUUAGACUCACUUACUAGUGUCUUCUACUUGGAGUGAGAAGAAGAAGGUCGACCUUAAACAAAAAGAAAGCUUACAAGACGAAUUCCUGCACCAUCACAGAUUUGGCGCGUGGAACUUCAACGCAAACCCGAAAUACCGGGAGAAAAUUCGAAUCAACAACGAUUCCUUGGAAUACAUUUUGAAGUACAUUUUUGUGCGCAAGCUCCGCGUGGCGAAGCGGUAUCCCCGGACCUUCUCCGAAUUCGAGGAUCUGCGGAAGAAGUCUUACUUUUUCGCAAAGACGGAACGCUGCUAUCCGACACCUGUGAUCAGUAUAGCUCUUUUCCUUCGUGAAUAAGUCAGUGCCAGUACUUUCCUCAGUUUCAUGUUCAGCACGUGGUGGUGUGCCGGCGUCUAUCGCUAGUAAAUGGGUGCAUCUGUGCCUGUGCGAGUUGUCUAGCAUUGCCUUUAUCCUUGCACCGAGGACUGGGUACUAGUGAAAGUGAAACCACAAACAGACUCGCGCACACCUGAGACGCUGGUUUCCGAGCAGCGAGUGAAGUACAUUGCGGGGAAUCCGGACGACUAUGUGCUCUUCACGGGUGAUUACACAAAGCUUAUCUACUUCGAGGAUUUCCUUGUCGCCGACAACGAUAUCGGGGAUGUGGGCAUGUGCCACCUGGCCGACUUCUUCGUCGCUGCUAAUGUGCUCGUGCGGAACCUCCGGUUUUUUCGCAACAACGUGGGGGAGCUCGGGGCGCUGGCGAUGGCGGGGUACAUGCUCAAGGCGCCGAUACACGAGGUAAUACUAAGUACCACAUUUUGGUGUCUAACAUUUCGCUGGGCGCUCCCGUUUCUGAUUGUUCAUAGUGGUACAAGAUGACCAAGCUGGCCUCCGAUACUAUUCAUUUAAACUACCUCUUGAUCUUGUUUCCCAGUUUCACGCCUCGCACAAUUACAUUCCGAAACUCGGAGCCGUUGCGCUGGUGGUCGCGGCCUCCAGUAAUCCGCAUUUUCCGCUGAUCUUCCCCGAGUUCCAGAAGUGGUACAAAUGGAAAUACAGCCGCGAUAAGGACCGCUACCCACUGACGGAUCACGGCUAUCAGACGCUGCAGGGUAAUAACUGAAAACUUUCAGAAGUUCAUCGCAUAAUUUGAAAGAGUUUCGACAGCAGAGAGGUGCUUUUUACAUCGAUUGAUUUUUGCUGACGCUAAUUGUCGAUCAUUAGUCACGAGAAAACUGAACAGAAACCGGGUCCCAAGCCCGGCCGUGCUGGAUGCGAUUGGAGAGCAACAUCAUUGAGCACUGGCAAGAGACGCGGGGGGAGAGUGCGCAAACCGCCUUUGUCAGCUGUGCGCGCAUGGGGCACCGAUUGGACCCGCGCGGGAGGCAGUCCUCCAAAUUUCUGACUGCGCUCCGCGAGGUGCGCCAGGCGGGCGACGACGUGUUGUGCGAAAUUCGGGAGAAGCAGAGCCGGUGUGCGCCGCGGUGCUGUUGCACGAAUGAGUGGUUCGACGAAAACAAUCCGAAGAGGAUUUUGGACAUCGGAAACGGAGAGGGGAAAAUCAACAUGAACUGGUACCGAAAGUCAAAAAUACAUCUGUGCUACAUGAACCUGAAUCAGCGCGAGCUGGAAGACAGAAAACGAAAAGCACCACCGGUUGCCAAGGUACUGCUUCUUACUGAUGCAAGCAUGUUUGCAGCAGCUUUUCCACCGAAUGCUUUUCGUCUUUCAUUUUACGGUAGUUCAAAGAAAAUUAGAAGUACUUAGAAGUAACGGCAACACCGCUCCUUAUCAGAUCGGCUACGAAGGGCAGUGUUACCGGCUCGGGUUCCAGUUUUUCAUGAAGGAUUUGUACAAGCUGCACAACCUCCCGCUGAAACCUCCGAUGAAUGGUGGCUUCAUGUUCCCGGCCUCCGUUCGCGAGAAGUAUCCGCAGCUGACCCGAGAGGGCACGCCGCAAACCUCCGCAUCGCGGCCAGACAUGUCCCCCGAAGCGCCCACCGGUCGGGCCACCACCAGUGCAACUACUACCUCCAGCGCCAACGUGUGGGGCAGUUCCACGGCGAGUGCGAGCACGAAGCACACAGCGGCACAAAACCGCGUAGCCGCGGCUAGCAGUGGGAGUCUCGCCUCCCCGCAAGGAACAUCAACCCAACAUCCGCAAGCGAGCAGCCAGAGCAGCACGCCCUUGCAGCCCCAGAAGCUAGAGAAUAACUUAACUCUGCCCCUGGAAGAACGCCGGUCGGACGCGUCGGAGAGCAUGAUUACAGCCAGUCGCCCGAGUUCUUCGAGUUGUACAUCCAACACAGAACAAGCCACAGCCGCGAAGAAGCAAGCAAAAGCGAAAAGCAAGGCCGAUGUGCUCAGGAAAAUGAUCGAGAAGCAGUCGAGAGAAGCACAGUCCAAACUCGCCUUCCGGGCCACCGUGCACCCCCAAAACAUGUUCGGGGAUUGCUAUCGCGACGACCCGCAGGAGCCGGAAUACAAGUCCCGGGACCAGCUUGCCCGGGAAUUCGAGCGCGGAUUGGACGGAGAAAAGAAACAGAAUUUUCUCAACCUCCGCCAGGAUUUCACGCGGGCGACGGUGGACGGUAAAAAAUACAAGGCUGACGAGCUGGAAACGUGCCAGGGUCUGCUGAUGAAGAUGUGGACCGACAAGCUUUUAUCGGUGAUGCAGUCGGACGAAGAUUUCAAGACCAUCGCGAAGACCAGCACCGAACUGUUUUGGCAGCGAUUGCAGCACAUUUCCGCGGAAACCUUCGGGUACAACACCGCCUGGGCGCGCGGGUUUGCGCCCUUCAGGGCGCUGGAACUGCUCGGGUGGGAGCUGGCGGAGCGGAUGGGUAACUAGGACCAUUGUGCUGGCGAGUGUUGACUAAAUAGAAGUUUAUACAAGUGUACAGUAUUCUUCAUUUUGUUAUUGUUUUUGAUGAUCUUUUGUUGGAUGUCGAUGUGCUACCUAUGCGUGGGCGCUGAAAAGGGUUCCUUCCUACCUGCCGUCGUCAUUACAGGUAUGAUGGUGAUUUACAAUGAGGGGAUCGAUUGGGACACGAUGAUUGCCGUCGCUGCGGCGAGCAAACAGGACUGGAUUGUGACCAGCCGCGGGUACACGUCUGCCUACCAGGGCCGGUGGGUGAAGGUGCCGAACAUUCCGAAGUUGUUGAAGUGGCUGCUUCGCCACGAGGGCGACUUGAUGGAAAUCGCGCCGGGGCAGAAACUCAAUGCCGUCGCGCAGCACUUCGACGACCUGCACUUGCAGUCGCUGCGAAAGGACAAAAGCAAGGAGAUGCUGAUGCGCAUCAACAGCGUCGACAACAAGUGCCAACAGCUUCUGCUGACCGAACGCAGCCACCGCGCGUGGAGCCACCGGCUCGCGCAGCUGAAAAAGUUCGAGGAGCUCCAGGAAAUGGGGUUUGUCUGGCGCAUGUUUGACCUGUUCGCCCAGUAUUUGUUGAAAAUCGAGGUGCAGCACAUGAAGAUGCAGCUCUACGUAUCCGGUGUAAAAACGUCCCCACCCCAGAGUUGUCAUGCAGAUUUGCCAUGACAGGAACAUUUGUGAUGCGCAACCCCAUGACAGGCAUUUUCAAUCGUGUUUGGGAACUUGUAAUGCUGUAAACAGGAUCAGAAGGUCGAUUUGUGAUGCGGCUUUCCUUGCUAACUUGCACUACCUUUCGGACUGAAACUUGUCAUGCGUGACACCCAAAACUCCUAGGUUUGUGUUGCAAAAUCCCCAUCCUGACUCUGGUGUGGGUACGUUUUUACUCAGGAUACUACGCGUUCCGGCACGUGCACACGGGAAACGCGGAAAAAAUUGACGCCUUGAUUCUGAAACUCGCGAAAGAGGAGGAAAAAAUAUGUACUGCGGGGAAAAAUAUUAAAGACGAUCAAGACCACUCAUCUAGUGCAGUAGCUGCUGAUACUAGUACUAGCGUCAAGAAUGCAAGACCGAAGAGCGCAAGGAUUCUGAAGUCGAAAAUCGCGCAACAAGAUUUCGCAGAACUCUUCGGUGGCGACGUGUACACGAAGCUGUGUCUGUGCGAUCCGGAAGUGUUGAAGGACGCCGGGAUCGUGAUUGACCUCGAGCUAUGGAUUGCAAAUAUGUCUGGGUCUGGAAGAUUGCAAAGUUUGUCAUGCAUAUUUCUCAUCGCCCAUGGUGCCUGUAAUACAUGAGCUAGCAUCAGAGACUUUUACAGGGCUUCCUGAUGCACCUUCCGCAUGAGAAAUGCGCUGUCUGCGCAGCACAAACUGGACCCCCCUUGCUGGACAUGCAAUACUAAUUUUUUUUCGAAUCCAAAAACAGCAUGACAAGUUCCAGACCCAGACAUUUUUACAUUUGAUAUGAGCAUCUGCGGAAGACCUACGCGUUCGAAGCGUACGACAACAAGGCCGGGAAGGUUGCGCGAACUUUGCGCGGCUUCUUGGACCGCUACCAAAUGUAAAAAUGUCUGGGUCUGGAAACUUGUGAUGCUGGGUGGCGUCUCAUGAUGAGGCUAAAGAUGCUGGCUCAGCAUGACAAGUUUCUGAGCUCCUAGGUGUUGCCUAUUCUGCAUGACAAACUGCGCUUCCGCAUCACAGAAAAGCGGAGCUCUUGGGUAACGUGCAUGACAGAUUUAAGGGUCAUGCCAGACAAGCAUGACAAACAUGAAUUCUUCCAGACCCAGACACUUUUACAUUUGAUAGCCGCUACUUCGAGCUGAUUCGGGGCGACGUGGCGCGCCGUCCGGCGAAGUAUCCAAACGUUGGGAAGACCCGGCUCUACCAGCAUCCCGACUUCGAUCCGCGGUUGUUCAUUUCCGAUACGUGUCUGGAAAAGCUGUGCGAGUGCUUCCAGCGGCUCAUCGAGGGGGAGCGGUGUUUGCUGCAGCAGUACGGACGGGCAAAAGAGCUGGAGCAGAAGUGCGGCGAGGAGGAAAAUUUGUCGCGGGAAGAGACCGAACAGGAGUACACGGCGCACUUUAAACUGAAGGAGAAACAAGAGAAAGUGCUGGAAUCCACCUGCAAGGAAAAGAAGGAAAAGUACCAGAAAGGAGUCAGCCACUACGGGAGAGUCAUCGCCCGCAUGCAGUCCACGGCGCCGAAGUGGUGCCAGGCGCGGGCGAGGACCAAGCAGGUACAAUUUAGUUAGUGCACAAGGAUGCCUAGUAGAGCUUUUUUUGUCAUGAUUUUUCGUCGUUUGACACGUCAUUCUGAUUCUCCUUUUGAUGAUAGAUGUACAUCUUUCGCCCUAUUAAUCUAACCUGUAGGUUUGCGACAGCAUAGACGGCGUGAAGCUGAAAGUGAUCGAGGCCGUGGCGCUGUCCGAGGUGCUGCCGACCGAGGAUGUUUGCGCCACCACCGUCCUCAGCGGUGUGGAGCAGGAAGAGCAAAAGGACACGGUCCUCGAUUCCGCCUUGCGGCUGUUCACCGAGAUCCAGCAGUUGAAAGCGCGGCAAUCGGUCUACGCCAACGAAUUGGAGCAGACGCUCCAAAAGCAGGACGAGAGCUGGCGGCGGUUGAGCAAGCAGAUGGCGCACCCGCUGGCACUCACCAAGGAGACGGGCCAGAACGAAGCGGUGCUCGCGCACGCCCCAACCGUACCCUUCCUGUUCACCCCCUGUACCGGCACCAGCCCGCCGCUGUGCGCGCCAAACGUGUUUCUUGACGUGCCGGUCGAGAAAAAGCAGUACUCCGCCACGGCCAAGCAGGAACUGUUCGACUGCGGAUUUCAGAUCGAGGUUGACUCCGAUGGCGAGGAGAUCGCCGUUGGCGAGCCACCGUCCAUGCGGGCCCCGGUGAUGGACUCGGGGUCCAUGGGAAAAAAUUCUAGGCCGCCCAGGAUCCAACUAGAGCCGCCGAGCCAGAGCGCGGCCGGGGGGGUCCACACUGGGGUUUUGAAAAUGGCGCAGAAGUCGCGGGACAUCUAUCAGAAAAUCAAAAAUAUUAUCAAAAGUAAAAGUGUCUGGGUCUGGAAACUUGUGAUGCUGGGUGGCGUCUCAUGAUGAGGCUACAAAUGCUGGCUCAGCAUGACAAGUUUCUGAGCUCCUAGGUGUUGCCUGUUCUGCAUGACAAACUGCGCUUCUGCAUCACAGAAAAACGGAGCUCUUGGGUAACGCGCGUGACAGAUUUAAGAGUCAUGCCAGGCGAGCAUGACAAACUUGCAUUCUUCCAGACCCAGACAUUUUUGCAUUUGAUAAACAUGAAGACCGUCCAGGAAAGACACAAGGAACUCAAGGAGAGCAGAGACCAGCAGAAAGAAAAAUUAUCCAGUACGAUCAACUUCAACCCAUUUAUCCCGACCGGGUUUUCUUCUUUUGUCGCUCCCGCGAAGGUAUCAAAUGUAAAAAUGUCUGGGUCUGGAAGAAUGCAAGAUUUGUGAUGCAGGUUUUCCAUGACCCAUGAGGUCUGCAAUGCGAGACCCAGCAUGACAGAUUCUUUGAGGUCUCUAUCAUGCCUUUCCUGCAUGAGAAUCUCCCUCUCAACUUGGUCAAAAGCGGACAGCUUUUGGCACUUGCGCAACACAGAAUUUUGCAUCAUUGAGAUUUAGCUUGACAAGUUCCAUUCUUCCAGACCCAGACAUUUUUACACUUGAUAGAAGGAGCAAAAGGAGGACGAGAAGGCCAAAACCUCCGGUAGUCUGUUGAACUCCCUGCUGACGGGAGAACCGCAGAAAGUGCAGCAACCGACGCCCGCAAAAAAACCACUGCAACGGGAUCCGGAGCUGUUGCCCGAGCCGUACUGGAUAGAAACGGACAAAUAUCUCCCAGACCAGCUUUCCAUCUUCGAAUUAAUCAAACGGGAGGAAGAAGAGAAGAACAAAUCUGACCGGUUGCUCAAGGAGCAGGAGGAGAAAGACAAAACGGAAAAAUUGGAGCGGGCGAUGUCCUUGAAGAAAGCACUGGAAAUGGAAAUGGAGAAAAACCAGCAGAAAAUUAUGUACAGCCAGUACCAGCAGCAGGAGCAGCAACUUGCUGCUGGCAUCAAUUCGUCCCGUCGGGAGUCUAGCCUACAAGAACAGUUGUCAACCGCAACGUAUCAACACUUCAACGUGAACACGGCCACUGCCGCGAGUGCGCAAAUCAUGAACAACAUCGACGGAGCAAAUAGUGCGACGUCGAACAAUAACGCGUACUACAACUCAUGCGCGGCGAGUCCGGGGACGGACGCGUCGAUGCUCGGGAAGUCUCUUAGUACAGAGGCGGUGGAAUGGACCAAGCAAAUGAACGACAAGUUCGUGAACGAGAAGCCGCGGGACGUGGCUCCGCCGUGGUCCAAGAAGCCGCGCCAGUGCGACGUGGAGGACAACUGGCGGUCGGGGCACGGCCGGGGCACGGACCAGAAAGACCAGGUCAACAGUAAGUUGGACGAACUGGCGCAGCAGAACAUCAGCAAGAAGAGCACCACGACGACUUCGCUCGAAGGAAUCACCCGCGAAAAAGCGCUUUCCUUUGACGACAUCAAGGAGUUCGUACCAGCCGCGGUCGCUGCACAACAGCAAGAGCAGGACCAAAUGCAACAACUUCACCACGGCGGGGGACAGACUACUGCUGAGACGGACCAGUUCGGGUUCGCGACGGACCCGAGCGGGUAUGACAACUCGGCGGAGAUGCUGGACUUUAGCCAGCCGAUGAUGCUAGACCCCUAUGACCCCAUGCAGGAGCAGCAACAGGUCGCACAGGGUGGAACAACGACGACGCAAGGAGCAACUGAGUAUGAGAUGUACUAUGGAGCGGCAGCGGCGGAUCAGGCCACGAAUGGCGCAGCGGGGCAGUACGGAGGUUCUGCGAGUACAACUACGUCUGCUGGAAAUAACGGGGCGGGGAGCACGACUGGACGGUACAGCCAACACCAGCAGGGUUCCACCUCUAGCGGGAAUAAUACUUCGAUGCGCGCGUCGGCAAGCUCGUACAACCCUGGUGCAUCGGCGGGGAACAAUGCGGGGUCCCAUAAUCAGCAGUCAUGGUACGGUUCGUACGGUAGCUCAGGAACAAACGCGAACAGCGCUGCCGGCUACUACGGAAGCAAUUUUCACCACCGUUCGGGGUCGUACCACCAAGGCGGGCAGAAUUACCAUGGAGGACACCACUGGGCCGCAGACGGCUCGUUCUCGAAUCCCUAUGCGGCGUACAGUAACAAUCAAUUGGGCUCUUUCGGGCGCCACCAACAGGGAAAUAAUACUACCGGAAAGGCCAGCACAACAUCCGGGAUGAACAACACUGGCAACAACUGGAUGCCGAAUCAUGCUAGAGGCAGUUACUUAUCAAAAGGAAAAAUCCCCCCUCCCCAUAUCAAAACGGAAAUCUGUGAUGCAGAUUUGUUGUCACAAAUCAGCUUUGUCAUGCUACACGGGAAAAGAUACGGACUGUAGUGCUGGGUGCCGUGGUCAAGCCUUGCAUCUUCAGCAUGAUAGGAGGCAGCUGAGCGCGGGAAAUAGCAUGACAAAUUGCCUGCAAACGAGGCCACGACUGCGGCUCUUGGCCUUCUAGCAUGACAAGUCGAUUUGUGACCUCAAAUACAGCAUCACAAAUUUCGUUUUCGAUAUGGGGAGGGGUGAUUUUUCCUUUCGAUAUUACUACCAAAACAACAACUCAAACUCCUACGGAUCAUCUUCAAACACCACUAUUAACACCAAGGGUGGGAGCCAGAGCAAGGGCGGGGGGGCAGGAACUAGUUCGUCGUACCACCAGCAAGCUGCGCGAACUUCUGGAAGCAACCACGCAAACGACAACUCCAAUACAACGACCGCGUCGUACAACAAGGUGAAUACAAAUACGUCCUCUUCGAAACAAACCACCUCCACCUCUCACACGGAGCGGUUUUUCCAAAGCCAGCAAGAAUUGAACAAGAAUGACAGUGCCGGCUCUCCACAGCACAUCCCCUUCACGUCCUCGGUGGCCCCAGAACAGGACCAAUACGAGGUGGCGGUCAGCUCCUCGAAGUCAACCGCCAGCAGUGCACGUGAAAAGACAUCAGCGGGCGCUGGAGUAGCCAAGGGAGGGGGCGCGGCCUCCGCAGCAACCUCCGCCGCCGGCGGACAGCAGCAGCGAUCGAUGAUGAUCCCGAAGGUUCUCUCCCGCGGUGCAAACGACCGCGCGCGGGAGUACAAAAAUCGCCGCGCACCGAUGGAAUCCGACUACGAGUCACCGUCUGAGGAAGAAGAGACCCCGGUGGAGGUCACGGACGUGAAGCCAAAGCCCGUGAAAGUGAAGCGCGGGGAAAGUUUGGGCUUAAAAGUACGAGCGGCUCCGGCCACCCUGAAAACCGCCCCGCCUGGAGCUGCUGCAUCGAUGUCGAGCCGACCGCAGAGUGCUUCUUCGUCCUCGUCAUCCUCUUCGGUAGUUCACAAUAACAGCAGAAAUCAGAAUAUUAACGCCGCUGCCGUAGCGGCAUCAUCUUCCAAAGGGACAAUAUCUGGAGCGAUGUCUUCAGCUUCUUCAGCGGCGGAGAUGUUGAACAAGCAAGCGGUGAAAUCAAAGACAGCGUCCUCUGCAAAUAACCCUCCGAUGAGUGCGUUCCAUCCCUCAGAAAGGGCGGCGUCAAAGACGAAAAUCUCAAAUGCAGCAGAAGCAUCUUUUUCUGCGAAUUUUAGAGGCGCCAAGUCGAAGAUUCCGACUAGAGGCAAUGUCGCUGACGACUUUCUCCCCUUUUUCAAGGAUAGGCAGGACGGUGAGGGAAAUUCGGCCGUGCUCCGGGAGUCGCCGGCUCUCGCACCGCCGAAGAGCACCACGGCAAGUCCCUCAGAGGUAGUUUCCGCUACCGUUUCCCCACCGAUGGAUCAUAACGACGCUUCCUCUUCUGUGAGCGAACAACAAGCAAAUAACGUGAAUAAAGCAAGGCCGAUUAAGAGUCCACCCCCGGCGGUGAGCUAUGCGAGUUCGUUGAAGAAGAACAGUGCAUAUCAGGCUACGGCUAGCGUGUCCUCUCUCGCUGGAGCAGCGGCCAGUGCUGUUCAUAAGGGAAAUGGAAAGAAGUCGACGCCUUCAACAUCCUCAGCGUCGAGCAGUAGUGUUGCAAAAAUGAUGAACCCUGCCGCGGGAAAUAGUAGAAGCGAUAAGAGUAAGAACAGGCUUGCCGAGGAAAAGAACCAAAGCAAAAUAAUAUCCUCUACGUCGAACAACAGGCUUUGCGAGCACCACCAGCAGAUCGUUCCACAGCCGCGCGUGUCAACGAUAACGGAAGAAACACUGGAGACCACGUGCCAAAUUUGCUACGAUAAUGAGAACGAGAUGCGGUUUUUUGACUGUUGGCACGAGAUCUGCCGCAGCUGCUACGAAUCUUACUUCGUCGAUAACAACAACACGAACUGCCCCGUCUGCCGCCAGCUCGUCUUGUGUUUUGUUCCGAUCGAGAAGGCCUCGGAUAGUCUCGGUAAUUUCAACGAAAAUGACUUGCUGUGAUCGGCGAGAGAAAGAUUAUCAUGACUCCAGCGUGGAGCAUGAAGAUAUCUCGAUGUAACAGAAAUGCGAUGCGGACGACAUCGACAUGUAGAAACGGCGCUCGGAGUCUCAAUCCGGUGCGGCUAUUGACGAUAAUUCUUUCGGCAAGAGGAGACGGCCGAACGAUUCCCAAGGAACUUCUUCGACGGAAUCCUACGAGGAAUGUGUGUGGGCCAAAUCAAGUUCUCAUCGACGUCCUGCUAUCUUGUAAUGUACUAAAGAUCAUCGAGAUCAUCACUUCAACUUCGAUGAAAGGAAGACCUUCCCUUGUGCCCUUGCUUGCGUUCCACGGUGACGUUACUCUUGUCAAACUAGUGGGCGGCUGCGCGGUCAGAGGGCGGAAAUCAAAGUAGACUGACUUUGUACGACUCUUUGGAUGUUGUCGGGGCAUUCAUGGACUUUUUGAACAUUGGUUGCAUGGUGUGCACAUCCCAUAAAAGAUUCUAUGAAUAUUUUCACGAUUUGAUACUUUUUGGAGAACGUGACCGGCGAUGCAGAUGACAGAACAAGAAGUAAUCUUUUACCUCCAGUAAUUCAAAUUCUACUUAAUUAACAAGAAGAGUGUGAGUGCCUACAGAUCGGCACUGAAACUAUGGAAAUUGACAACUUUUGCUGCGAAACAAAGAUGUAGACGAGUUUCAAACGGACGAGGACUCACGUUCCGCAAAUGGAAAGUGUAAAUGCAAU